GUUAUUUUUCGUCUGGGCGUAUUAGACGUGUGCUAAAUAAUCUGUGGCUUGCCUUUUGUUUGGAGAGGAAUUUUACGUCCUUUUUAGCCUUACCUGACGAGUUUGUAGUCAAAUUUGUUCGUGCGAACUUCAAGGAUCAUUCAUAAAAGUCUCAUACUGGGAGGCUGAAAGAUAACAGCCCCGUGAUUUCGAUUGCACGAGAACUUUCCCUCCCAAGUAGCACUCGAACAAACAUCAAAUUGUUGUUUAGCGUUUGAUUUGCGACAUGGCGGACACAACUUCGACGACAGUUACCGCUCCGAAACCAGCCCACAAGCGAAUUCUCCACAACUUGAGGAAUAUUUCGCGCGACGAAAUUAAAGAGUUGCUCCUUUAUUUUGCUGUCACGCUCUCUCUCUUUCUGGUCGGCCAUUUUCACUUCAGCUUCGCAUGGAUUAUCAUGAUUCUUAUGGUGUUCGUUAGCUGGGAAUAUCAGAUGGACGAGAAGAACAAGCGAAGGGAUCGCAUGGAAAAAGCCCUGAAGUCUUCCUUUAUCGAUAAGAUAGAGAAUCUUCCCUCCUGGGUCUACUUUCCAGAAAAAGAGCAAGCAGAAUGGGUUAAUAGCAUCAUUGAUCAAAUGUGGCCCUACGUAGACGGCAUGGUGUACAAAAUUCUUAAAGAAACUGUCGAACCUGAGAUGCAGAAGAACAUGCCCAAAGCCCUGAACACGCUGUACUUUGAAACAAUCGACCUCGGGAACAAGCCACCUUACGUAGCGAAUGUGAAGUCGUAUCCUAGCAAGGAAGAGAGGAAAUCGGAGUUUAUUUUCGAUAUGGAUAUAGUGUACAAUGGCGAUGCUACAAUCAAGCUUGCAGUCAAGAAAGUGAAACUGGGCCUGUCUAACAUUGAACUGCGUGGAGUGCUCAGAGUCAUUUUCAAGCCGUUGGUUGCCGAAUACAACCCUGUUGGAGGCGUUACAGUGUUUUUCUUGAACAGACCCAAACUAAAAUUCGAUCUAACCAAUUUAUUGAAUGUUCUGGAUCUUCCUGGGCUCAAGAGCUCUUUGCGCCGAAUCACAGAUGACGUCAUCGCCUCCUUCGUGGUGCUUCCUAAUCGUGUCGCCGUUCCCCUCGCUGUGGGUGUCGACGCCAGCGAUCUUCAGUAUCCAAUCCCUGAAGGAGUCCUUCGUGUGAAAGUCGUGGAGGCGAAGAACCUGAUAGCGAAAGAUAUCGGCUUCGUGAAGAAGGGAAAGUCUGAUCCUUACGCCAUAAUUCGCAUCGGUGCUCAAAGCUUCCGCACCAAGAUGAUCUCAAACGAUCUAAAUCCCGAAUGGAACGAAACCUUUGAGGCGUUUGUGGAUAACAGUGAGGGGCAAGAGCUUGAAGCUGUGAUCUAUGAUGAAGAUACAUCUUCAAAGGACAGCAAGAUUGGUCGACUCGACACCGAGAUUGUUUCCACUGUGGAGACUGGCUAUCAGGACCUCUGGCUACCGCUUGAGGGUGUCAAACAAGGGAGGGUCCACUUACAGCUAAACUGGUUCCCGCUCAGUGCCAAUGCGUCAGACCUAGAACCCCCUCAAGGGGAGGGCCUCUCAGUAGCAGCGCUCAUCGUGAAACCCAUCUCUGCCGACGCCUUACCUCUCACUAGUGGUCAGAAGGAAGCCCUGAGGAGUGUUUACUGCGAGAUUACAGUCGGCAAAACCACUCUGCAAACCUUCCAGUGCUAUGGAGAGAAAACCGAAUGGAAACAAGCAUUGCGAUUCCUCGUUGGCGACCCUGGGGGCCAAGAAGCUGAGGUUAAAGUGAUCGAGGCCAAGGGCACCAAAACAUUGGGUAAAAUGUCGUUCGAUAUCCGCAAGCUGCUGAGCAAAGAUGGUUUGACCGUGGAAGAAACCUUUCCCUUGAAGGAGUCUGGCGAGAAGAGCACCUUAACUUGCCGCUUCACCUUGAGGGUCCUGAACACACCGGAUGUUAAUCCAAGCGAGCCUGAAACGAGGUAAUUCAAUGUUGGAACUUUUUUUCAUUUCUACGUAUAACAUUUACAACUGAAAAAAGAACUGGUACUUCUAAGAGGUGAUAAUUUUUUUUUGCAUUUGAAUUUAGGUGAUAUUUUUGUUUACAAAUUUGGUGUCGAUAUUUGAGCUCUUUUUUCAACCCAACAACUAGGGGGUAGUCAGUCUAAUUUUAACAGUUUUGAGUGAUGGACAGAAAUUCUGAUCUGCUAUCAUGUACGGAAUAGUGCCUUGGUUUAGGUGGAUGAUUUCUUCAGACUGAAAUGUUGAGUACAUGCGAUGGUAGAUUUGGAAUUUUGUAGUUCAUCAGGACAACUUAGUCUUAUGAUAGUUUUGCAUCUUUUCUGUACAAUGUCCUAAUGAUACAUUACGUUGUUGUAUGGAGAAGUUUCAAUUCAUAUAUGGCUGUUGGGUUGACUUCACUUAAACUGUAAAGGUUUUUUCCCACAGUAAGGAGUGUCUCGGAAAUUUGAAUGUAGGUUUGCACUACAAGGAAAUAUUUGCACCUGUAACUACUCCAAAAAAAAUAAAAGCUUGUUAGGUGUAGGUUUAGCAAAAGUGCUCGAGAUCAUCGCAGAUUUGUGAUGAUCAGGUAAUUGUACACAGCGUGUCACGCAAUUAAUGCUGCGUGACAGACUGCUUUCAAAAACGAUUGUUACUCUUCGUGCGUUGACAUUCUCACAAGACAUCCAUGAGAUAACGAAGACUCCAUUUAAUCCUUCCACUACUGAGAAAUAAUAGCUGAAAAAACUCUCCUUAAAAUGGUAUUACAAUGUAAAUCAUAUUUGUGAUGAGAACUUUUAAGCUUAUCAAUUACGGAAAAUUGUCAUGAUAUUUCUCCAAGUUCUCGAGACAAGCCAACGAUAGAAUAAAUUUUUUUAAAUUAGCGGAAUUGGCUUUAAGACCUUCGGCCAGAAUUCAAAUUUUAUUUUUCUACUCUUGUUAUUUUUUUCGUAGUCUAGGAGAUAUAUUUUUUGAAGAGCUCGGAUUUUCUGAUACUAUUUCGGUGUUUUUCCGGUCUUUGACCCCUGGCUGUCUUGUGGAUAUCAACCCAAUUCAUUGUUUGAUGAGGUGAAUGCAUGUAUUUGUAAAGAGGCUUCAAGCGCUAACAGUUUUCGUGACCACCGACUGAAUCUACUGUAAUGUAACCUCUCUGUAGCAAAAGAGCUCAUUAAAUGUGGGUUUGCAUUUUUUGUUUAGCUGUUCCUUGUGUCUGUGAUUUUUCGGGCACUAAUUCGCUUAGCUUUAAUUAAUCCUUCUAUUUCUUUACAUGAAGAAUAACACCUUACCCUCGACAAGCAUGAUUAUUUUGUCGUAAGUUGGACUAACGCGCUUUGCAGAGGCAAGCUUCAAUUUGAAAUAAUUUUCUGACAAAUUAAUCUCGGUGCGAAUUUUUUUUUGUAGUGCAGAUACUUAAUUUACAAAUCACCAUGCUCCUCACGUGAUCACAGUUAUACCUUGCACGUGUCAACUCGAACGUUUUGCGGGAUAUCCCGUUUCACUUAAAUCCCACUUGCGCGCGACGCCCUCUUCUCUCCGAGAUCUCCGCCUUGUUUGGAAGCUACCCCUUCACAAAGGGUCACGGUCGCUGAAUUUAAUUCCAGUUGAGAACUGUAAGACGCGCACAAAAGAUGACAGACUUGCGUGAGAGAGCACGCUUCUUAAAAGCGUAGCAGUUUCGUGUUGGAUUUGUUUGGAGGCGAUCUGGGAAAUACUAGGUCGAGUACAGUAGGUGGAAGCCCUACGCGAAAAAUGAAUGAAAAAAGGGAACAAAUUCAUCCGCUUCGUGGUUUAAAUUGUUCUGCUUGGCUUUUGUUCUCUUUUAACCCUUUAACUCCCAGUUGUGAUUAAGAUGAAGCUUCUCCCAGUAAAAUCCAUACAUUAUUCAGCAAAUAGGUAAUGAGAAUAUUCAAACUUAUCAGGUAGAAGAUGCUAUCUUGAUCUAGCACCAAGUUCUCUAACUAAUUUACAAGGAAAUGUGUAGCAGCUAGAGGGGAGAAUUAACAAUCGGAUCUUGGGAGUUAAAGGGUUAAUAAGCUGCCACAUAAUUUUAUUUUCAUCCGUGCAAUGCAACUUUCUAAGAACUUCGGAUUCACAAAAAUGACAAUUGUGAUCGUUUUGCCAAAUUCUCCGCGGAAGCAAACCUCGAUUUCGUGUACUCGACCCAUUUUUCUUGGACAGCACCUAAGCACAUCGAUUUUUAACCUUUGGGUGACUUCUCUGCUCGUUUAACUAACCAACAGCCUUGCAUAGUAGUCCUUCUUCGUCCGUUGCAAUGACACGCAUGCGUUCGGCCGAUCGCCUCCCACAAACCUCCAAGCAAGCCUCUACCAACUUGAGCGUUUUUAACCUCUUAAUUCCUAGAAGAGAUUAACUUCUAACUUCUCCCUACAAAGCCAAUAUAUUAUCCAACAAACGGGUAAUGAGAUAACUCAAACUUGUUAGGUAGAAGUUUGAUCCAACACCGAAUUCUCAUAACUAAUUUACAAAGAAAUGUGAAGCAGCUAGAGGGGAGAAUAAACAAUAAGAUCUUGGGGGUUAAUUAGUUAAACCCGGAAUCAAAAGGGGUCAACCCUUUUACACACAGGAACUGUACUUGCAUAGUCCCCUUACGGGGUUAAUCCACUGUCAAAUAAACAGGUUAUAAUGAGAAUUUAGAGAAUCAUCAGAAACGGGAUGUUUUUUGUAAAAUACAAUAAAUUUCUUAGGACCGGCUAAGAAACAAAUCUCUUUCCAUCUGUUUGAUGGAAUUAGCUUACAGAUCUUGGUUUGGUCUGCUCUGUUUGUCACAUACAUCGAGAACGAUCGUUUUUGAAAAUUUUUUGUAAUAUCAAACAAUCAAUCCUGGUUAAUAAGUUUCUCUCUUUUCAUGACUUUUUUGCUCUUGGUCGCUCUGUAAUUGUAAAGUUUGUGGUACUGAGAAAUUGAAUUUUCUCAAAAUGAGAAAAAGAUCCUGUCCGCGGGACUCCUGAGGCGGGGCGCUGGAGAUAGUGUACACUUAUGGAUUUUUUAAAGAAACUUUGAAUUUUGAUCGACUCAUGAACUCAUCUCACCAUUGUAGGUCUAAAGCUGAAGUUGAUGCGGGACUCACGAAACCAGAGAUUCCCUUGGCUCACUCAACUCCAAUACCAAAACUUGUUAUCAAUGGGGUUAAUCCUGAAGAACAAGCGGAAGCAGGUGAAGAACACGACAAAGAUUCUGACGCCGGAAGUGUCUAUGACGGAAGUAUUUAUGGCACCGAGAGUCAACGUACGGAUUCCAAUGACGACUUGACCAAUAAGGGUCAACUGGAUUUGCACUUAAAGUAGGUGGCUAGUCUAGAAGUAGGUGUAAAUAGUUAGAAGAAUUUUCAAUUGAGAGUCGAGAGUACGGGUCGCACUUCACUUCGGAUAGUCCGCGGUCUGCAAGGAUCAUUGUUGUUCCCAGGGAAAACAUGACUCGCGAAAUAAAAUAUUGAAAAUAUUUACCAAAGAAAAACCGCAUUCGCAAAUCGGAGAUUUCAUAUUCAAACUCACUCGAAAUAUCCAUCUGCGGCGAAUAUCCCCGCCUGCCACUCGACAAACUAGGAAGUGUGAAAGUAUCACGUCUUUUUUUGUUUCGCCGAAACAAUUCCCAGCAGAAAUUUCAUUCCUUUUGAACCGCAAAAAUCCGUUCCCGCAACACUGAAAUUAAUAUCGUACAUUCUUAAAACAAAACAUACUGUUAGUGCAAAAGUUCUUAUGCAACAUAAUGUAUGACUCAAGUUUCGAGUGUUUUAUUUAAACGUGUUCUGGUUCCAAACAAAAAUUUUAAAGUAUGUUUUCAAAGACCGAACACUCAUACGAGACUGAAAUUUGUGUUUUACUCGACAAGUAUAGAAUGCAAGAGAUAUUUCCUUAGUGACAUUAGCGAGUGAUUUUACUGAGCUGGAUGUAAGAAUCAAAAUCAACACGCUUAUUGACUUCCUAGAUACAGUCAUUUGAAGAACUGCCUCUCCGUCACCGUCAAAAGUGUUCGAGAGCUCGUGUCUCGUGACUCGCCCGGCAAGACCAAUCCAUUGGUGCGCCUGUACUUGUUACCAGAUCGCUCCAAACGCUCCCGGCGCGUCACCAGAGUGAUGAAAGGGACCUUGAACUGCGUGUUUAACGAAACCUUUGAGUACAUGAUUGGCCUAGAUCAACUGCGCACGAUGAAGAUCGAUGUCGCAGUGAAAAGUGACCGUGGAUUUGCGAUUGGACGGGUGCGGCAUCGACUGAUUGGACUCGCUGUGGUGGAUUUGUCUGGAAAGCAUCUCACUGAAGGGUGUGACGUCAGUUGUGAGCUUAGAAAGUUUAGCUUAACAUUUUGAAUGGUUUUGGAGAAAAUGGAUCAAUGUCAGUAUCCGAGCAACGGCAUACCUACCGCUCCCUAAGCGAACAUUAACCCUUAUUAUCAGUUGAGUGUUGUUGUGUUAGGGGGAAAGGUAGGUAAGUAGUUUCGCAGAUACUUAGUUUGCUCCGAGAAAAAUAGCUUUGUAGAAUUGCUUCAAGCGGCGUUGUGUUGCUUCAAAGAAGAAAAUGGGAGUAUGAAAAGGCAACGCACGCUAUGGUGAAAUGAAUUGUGUAGGUAGUUUGGCAGCGAGAAUAACCUACACCCAAAACGUAGUGCACUCGCAAUACAAGUUUUAGAAACUAAAAGCUUUGGUUAACAAGAUAUCUUUUAUGUGGAAAAAUCUUUGUAUUUAUUACAAGGAAAGUGUGAUAGGAAAGUGUAUCUUCUAAGUAGUUUUAGUCAUACAUUAGUGUUGUUAAGUUAACUAUAAAAGUUUUUUAACUUGAAGAGAUAAAAGGUACUCGAAUCUAAUUUUUAGAGCGCUUUUAAUAUAUGUAAAACAGAGAAAUAAACCGGUGCAUAUGUGAUAUGUCUUUUUGUACACAUGUACUGCUGUUCACAUUAGGGAAUGAGGCUUCACUCCAUGUAAACGCUCGGAAAAUUUAUGCCUUUGCGUGACAUAUUAAGUGCCAUGUCACAAAGGCCUACUCCGAAAUAGAAUUCAAGGAUUCCCUAAUCUACUCCUUUCCGUGAAACAAAAGAAAAAAAUCCUAGCUCAGCGUGGACUCUGGGAAACGUCGACGGUUGCCGGGAUCUCUGGGAAAUGUUCAUGUAGGGAUAUCUGGGAAAUGUUUACGUUCACGCGCGUCACGGGGUGCCAGACUAUUAUUUUAACCCGGUGCAGCAAGUAUUCUUGUCUUUUCAACUCAGAAAUAUAAAAAUUUAAGUGUUUCCAAACGAAUUAAAAGCCACAAACUUCCGAUCGAAAGUUCUAAUGUUCUCCUGUGGCAAUCUUGAGCAGAAUAAUGUGGAUUUUAGCCGAACGAC